UUUCAGAGAAUGCUCAAGACACGCAACUUGUACCUAUUUAACCAUCUUUGUCCUUCUUUUUGUUGCAUGAGAGUUUGAGAGCUUUGAGAGAGCUAGGGUUUCUCUUCAGCUAAGAGACCUGCUUUUUCUGGCUUCCUCUCCAUCUUUCACACAGACACAUAGAUACAGAGAGAGUACUAUUCUAGUUUUGCUAACGAACGCCAUGGCUGUAAUGAACCUCCACCAUCCUUGGUCAUUUACAUUUGGAAUCUUAGGUAACAUUGUUUCUUUCAUGGUGUACUUAGCUCCAGUAACAACUUUUUACCGGAUAUACAGAAAAAAAUCAACAGAAGGUUUCCAUUCGGUGCCUUAUCUUGUAGCCUUGUUCAGUGCCAUGCUUUGGUUCUAUUACGCACUAGUGAAGAAAGAUGCUAUGCUUCUAAUAACCAUUAACUCUUUCGGAUGCUUCAUAGAGAUAAUCUACAUCCUCAUCUUCAUCUUUUAUGCCCCAACAGAUGCCAGGAAAUUAACAGUCAAAUUAUUAGCUCUAAUGAACAUCGGAACCUUCUCCUUGAUCCUUCUUGUAACACAAUUAGCUGUAAGAAAUGAAUACCGUGUCCCAGUCCUUGGAUGGAUUUGUGUUGCAAUUUCUGUGAGCGUCUUUGCAUCACCCUUGAGUAUUGUGGCACAAGUUUUUCGAACAAAGAGUGUGGAAUUUAUGCCAUUCACUUUGUCUUUUUUCCUAACAUUGAGUGCCGUAAUGUGGUUUGGAUAUGGUCUGUUGCUAAAGGACAUAUGUAUUGCUAUUCCAAACAUAUUGGGUUUCGGCUUGGGGCUUAUCCAGAUGGUGUUAUAUGCAAUUUACAAGAACUACAAUAAGGUUGUGGAAGACAAGAAUAAAUUACCUGAACAUGCAAAGAACAUAGUAAUUCUGAGCACCAUAGCCACUUCUGAAGUUUAUCCUGUGGAUGUCCAUGUCGAUGCUCAACCAGAUGGUAAUGAAGCAGACAAUAAUAAAGAUCAUGAACAAAAUCAUGACCAUCAGGACCAAGAGAAAAGCAUGGAUCAAAGUCCGGUUUAAUUUCAAAAUUUUGUUUUUUAUAUAUGAUCACCAUUUUGGCCAGGCUUCCGACACCAAAACCAAAAAGAAAAAAUAAAAAAAGAAAAAAGAAAAAAGAAAAAAGGUGCAUAUGCUUUCUGGUCAUUAAUCAUUUUGCUCUUCUUUAUGUUUUCCUCCUUCCGCGUGCCAAUAUUUACAGAUCGAUGUAAAACGAUGCUUUAAUAAUUAUAUAUAUAUAUUUUUACCUUCA